AUAUUUCCGAAACAUAAAUCUAAGAUUUCAACUAACUCCCGAAAUAAAAUUUCCCGAAAAACAACACACCGACGAACAUCCAAGAGUCUUUUUAAGAACUUCUGAUUCCGACCCUCAUUUAAGAAGCGGAAAGCGGACCUCCGACGAAAUCCCCAAAGCUGCGACGAGGUGGCGGCCCGGGUAUUGUGGGCUUUGCUCAGUUUAAAAAAAAAACUGUUACCCGCUGACACUUCUUGCUUCAUCUUCCCAGAACUCACACAAUUCUAAAAUCCACACUCUUUAAAACUAUUUAAGGUUUGCUAUCUCUGAAUCAAGCUUCGUCAUAUGAAUCACAAAACCCUAAUUCCAACUAUUGCAAUCAGCGAAGAACCCUUAAGCAAAGGAGAUUACAGUUCAAAAUGGAUUACUUGAAAUCUGUUGCCCCGACUCAGAUUUUAUCAGAACGAGGAAAAAAUCUCGUUGUCAUCAACUUAGGCUCUGCAAAUGUGAGAAUUGGAUUAGCUAUGGAUGAGAAACCUAUCAAUGUCCCUAAUUGUAUUGCUAGAUACAAUACACAAAUUGGGAAACCCAAUGUUGUUGAUCAGAUGAUUAACACUCAGGUUACAACGAAUCAACAUGUUGACCGUGAGAGAGCUUACAAUACUGCGGCAUCGCUGUUGAAGAUACCGUACCUGGAUGAAAGUUCUUCUUCUGGAUCUGCAUCACGCAAGAUGGGAAGGAUUGAUGGGUACAAUAAUAAACCGAGUAUUACUAAGAAAGAUACUGUCUUUACUUGGACUGAUGUGUAUGAGGAAGAGCAGAUUUCUCCGGCCGCAGCAGAAACUUCUGCUGAUAAAGGUGAGGCCAGCGCAACUGAAGCUGCUCCUGAUGUUACUGAGACUUGUGAGAAUAAGCACAAGUACAAGGAGAUGAUUUUUGGUGAAGAAGCUAUGAAAAUAUCGCCAAAGGAGCCGUAUAGCAUACACCAUCCUAUUCGAAGAGGUCACUUCAAUGUCUCGCCUCAUUAUUCAGCACAACAGGUUUGUGAGGACUUAACCGCUAUCUUGGACUGGGUUCUAUUAGAGAAAAUACGUAUUUCCCACCGUGAGAGAUUCGCUUUUCAUGCUGUUCUUGUUCUCCCCGAAACAUUUGACAGCCGCGAAAUAAAGGAAACGCUAACUGUUGUGUUGGGAGGGCUAUGCUUUAAGUCAGCAGUUGUCCACCAAGAAGGUCUAGCCGCCGUUUUUGGGAAUGGUUUAUCAACAGCUUGUAUUGUGAAUAUGGGAGCCCAGACAAGUACAGUUGUUUGUAUCGAGGAUGGAGUUUCAUUGCCAAAUACUGAAAAGAUUUUACCUUUUGGAGGAGAGGAUAUAUGUAGAUGCCUUCUAUGGAUUCAGAAGCAUUACCAAAAGUGGCCACAAAUCCGCACAGAUGUUUUGGGAAAGCCAAUCGAUUUGCUGAUGCUUAAUCAACUUAAGGAGUCAUAUUGUGAAAUCAGAGAAGGAGAACUGGACGCUGUUGCAACAGUUCAUUCUUAUGAGGACGGCAUGCCAGCUGUGCCGCACAAAACAAAUCUCACUUCACUUAACGUUCCACCGAUGGGUCUGUUUUAUCCUAACCUUCUGGUCCCUGAAGUGUUUCCCCAGCCACCACGUGAAUGGUUCCAAGACUAUGAAAAUAUGUUGGAGGACACAUGGAACAUGGACUUUGGUGGUGGUGGUGGUAAUGGAUUACCAAUGUGGGAUAGUUUUGCAGUUUCCCCUUCAAAACCAAAGAAAGAAGAGAAGAUUGGUCUUGCUGAAGCCAUUACAAGCAGCAUCCUCUCUGCUGGACGCAUAGACCUUAGGCGAAAGCUUUUCGCCAGCAUUCAAUUGAUUGGUGGUGUUGGUUUGACUAAAGGUCUUGUAUCAGCUGUGGAAGAAAGAGUUCUCAACGCAAUACCUCCAACUGAAGCCAUCGACACUGUGGAGGUACUACCAUCAAGAACAGACCCAACUUUCGUAACUUGGAAAGGAGGAGCGAUAUUGGGAAUUCUGGACUUUGGAAGAGAGGCUUGGAUUGAGAGACCCGAAUGGAUGGAGAAUGGAGUUCGUAAAGGCAGUAACAAGAAGUACAAAGACUCUUUCUACAUUGAAAGCCAAGCCAUGUACUUCAUCAACCCCUAGAGUAUAUAUAGAUAUCUUAAGCUUACUCUGUUUCUUUUUUCUCAGCAUAACUUUUGUUCUGUAAUAUUGUCAUAAUUAAGACCAAAAAAUCAUAAUUCUCAUCAUAUAAAUUAAUUUGCUAACAUA